ACAGACAGGCGCUGCGACGGGAGCUGGGUCGGUGUUCAACUCUCCGCUGCGAACAUCGGAGGGCCGAGCUGCUUAACUUGGCGUCUUCUUUUAUUUGCUGCAGUUGCACAAGAUGAGAGGACGGUACAAACGAAAGGUCCCGGGAGAGAGACGCGAUGAGACAGCCGACAUCGGCGCUGGGCUCUCCCCUCCGCCAGGGGAAGCCGCCGCGGCCUCGGCCGGCCCACGCGCACCUGUUCCCGGCGUAACUGUCCAGGAUGCGGGCGCUCGGAGAGAAGGUGCCAGGUGUUCCAUGUACGAUGGCGAGAAGGUCUACCUUGGGGUUCGUGUCAAAAUGCCAGUCAGGGACCUUCUGAGAAACAUCCGCCUGGCCCAGGGCUGGGAGCCUCGAGAUUUCCAGGAGAUCUAUGGAGAAACAGUCACAGGAGACAAGAAACGAGUCAAAACUCGCACAGGACGCCAAACUGCCAAGAGAAAACGCCCCACCAAAAGCCUCGAGGAGCUGGCAAUCAUCGUUGAGGUGCUGGAGGAGGAUCUCAAGACUGGCAACAACUACCGCUCCCCUUCGCAGUCCUCCUCCGACCUUCCUGUUUCUCCUGAGCAGUCUCCAACGGGUGCAGGGUACAACAGCGACGAGUCUGAUGAGAUGAUCCCGAGCCCCCAGUCCUACAUCACCUACUCACCAGGCGCCUCAGAGUACCACCAGGCCCUGUCCCCUCCUGGCUUCAUGCACAACAGCCUCCAGCUCACCAACAUUGAGAGAGAUGGAGGAGGAGGGGAGGAGCGGUUUGAUCCUCAGAACCAUGACUGGAACCUGCACAGAUCUGUUUACUUCUGGACACAGCUGCAGAAAGAGGAGAGCCAGCUGAGGGACGUCUCUGACGCUGUGCUGCUGGCCAGCGAUGGACAUGGCAAGACAGCUCUCCAUAAAGUGGCAUGUGUCGGGAAGAGGGCACUGGGCUACGCCAUCGCAAAAAGGAUGGCUGCACUCAACAGCCUGGACCUCAAAGACUCUGAUGGAAUGACUGCCCUCCUCUAUGCAGCAAAGCACAACCACCACCUGAUGGUAGUAGAUCUGAUCCAUCUGGGGGCCAAGGUCAACGAGACAAACAACUCAGGAAAGUCCUGCCUCCACCUCAGUGCUGAGAAAGGCUACAUCAGAGUCCUGGAGGUUUUGAAACACACAAUGAUGGACGGUGUGUAUGUCGAUGUUGAAGCCACUGAUAACUCUGGAAUGAGUGUCCUGCAGUGUGCCUCGGUGGCUCUGAAAGCCACAGUACGUGAGCUGGAAAGCAGCAAAUCCCUCGAUCACACCAGACUCCACACGCUCCGCCAAGAGCAGAUGAUGGAGACCCUGGAGUGCCUGCUGCAGAUGGGCAGCUACCUUCAUACUAUGGGGGGUCGUUGUAUGCAGCCGACAAUGGGUUGAUCACCCGGCACGUCUGCCCGGCAGGGCUUUUUGGAGACCCGACAGUAAUGUUCUGAAUUGGUUCAGGCUUGAAUUUGUCACAGAGAGAAAACAAUCCCACUAAUUAUGGUCUUUCUGCAAGCAUGAGUUCAGGCCUGUUAUGUAAAGCAUCUGAGGUUUUGUGUGUGGUCAAAAUACCUGACUUGCAAUCAGGUAUUUAUUGUAACAUGCACAGAAACGUUAGGUGCCCAUUAGUUGGUUUCUGUGAAACUUCCAUUGUUUGUUACAUUGGAGUAACAAUCUGUCCUCAGUUAGUGUGUCUGUGGAGACCCUCAUGUAAGACACGUAUGUUGGCUUUUUCAUGCCAGGUUUCAGGGUCCAGCGUUGGUUUGAAAGUCUGGUCGCAAAACACAAAACCUUCCAGUGGGGAGAGAAAGUGACCUAAAGCAGAAGUUUUUACAACUAAGUCCAGUUUGUUGUAGUGUUAAGACAGCCGUGCCACAGUUUGUAGGUCAUUGCUGUAUAUAUAUAUUCCAAAACAUCUGUGAUUUUAGUAACACUUUUUAACAAUUUUUUUUCAAGGACUGGUCACUCGAUAUGUGGAUAAAGAUUAUUCUCUCCUAAGAACGGGAUAUUUUCCCUCCCCACUGGGAAUUUCAAGCCAUACAUUUUACAUGUCAGAUCUUCAGCAGACUUGAGGACAUUACAAGGUUUAGUACGCAUUGUAUGGUGAUGGGGAGUAAAGACGGCUUCAUUUGACUGCCUUCGCAUGUUUUGGUUCUGUUGAUGUAUCACCUCUUAGCAUACUCUUCUCCACACACGUAAACUGUUACCUAAUGUCACGUAAUGUGGACUGUCUUUGACCUGUCUUCAUGAAUUCUUCUAUACUAAUAUUUACUUUUUGGUAAAUCCUUACUGGGAGUUAGAGAAGAAUGUGAGUUUAAUGUGUUUGAAAAGAAUUCAAAAUGUGUUUAGCCUUAUUAGCUUAGCUCAAUGACUGGAAGCAGGGGAAGUGCAUGUGAUCUGACAAGCAGUUCGCCUGCUUCAUUUCCCUCUUCUGAACAAAACCCAGGUACUUUCAGGAAGUACCUUCAUUCAGUCUUAGUGCUAAGCUAGGCUAAACAUGUCCAGGACCAUGUCUCUGCUGAUUCUUAUAAAGUGUGGAGACACAGUCCAUGUAAAGCUUUUAAAACACCACUUGUUGUGUAUUAUUGCUUUGUGCCAUUUAUCUGAUGCUCUUGGGGACUAUGGCACUUGAUUGUGACAACAUAUUUGUCCCGUUUCUUCUUCUUUUUUAUUAUUGUUUUAAGUGAGUAUCAUGAAUGUCAUUUUCGGGGGUUAAACAUAGUGUGGUGGUGGGCAACAGUGAAGAGGAUAGUAUGACUGGAGCAUUUUUAUCAUAGAUAAAUGUGUGAGUGUCAUGAGGUGAUGGAUGGUCACUAAGUGGUAAACCAUGGCCAGUAUAAAACUGGUUAACUUUGAACAAAGCAUAAUCAUGUGUACCAAAGACUGAUUUAUACUGUAUGUAUGAUAAUCAAUAGGACAGAUUGAUUUACUGAUUUAAGAGAGUCAUUCAAUUAUUUACUCUGGAACUCUGGAGUGACAUAUUUUGUUCAUUUACAGUAUCUUAAAUAUGCACUUAUCUUGCCACUCAUAGUAUGGGUAAUAAUUAGGGGCGAAGUCAAAUCAGUACUUCUACCUUGCAGGGAUGUCGUAGUUUAUACUGAAAUUAAUGGGAUUCUUAGUAUUUUCUUAUUUGAAAACUGAAAAUGUGGAGAGAACACACAGAGAGUCAACUGUACAGAUGACGCUUUGUAUUGCGAUAUAAAUCGUGAUGUGAUGAAUCAUGCAGAUCUCUGUGGUUCAGGCAGAGCUGGUCAUCAGAAAUGAAUGAUGUCAUAGUUUCAACCAGAGUUUUUGAAAUACAGAUAACUAAUGUAUGGCAAAUCAAGACAUUGGAUCACAAAUCAGGCAAUAAGUGCCAAUUACCAUGUUCCUACAUACAGGAUCAUGUUAGUCCUAAUCUUCAAAGAUAAACGACUGCCCCAGAUGUAGACUAAUUUUGGUUGCCAGAACUGAAUUUUUUUCUCUGUUCUGAAAUGAAAUUUCACACAGCAAAGCGACAUCACAAACAUGCAUGUACAAGAGGUACAGCUGUUUCCAGCAGCUCUCUCCAGUGUGAUCAGCACGUUAUUGACCAAAGACAACAUGUGAAAACUGCAUUUUUUCAGUGAAUGAUGUUUCAUAUUGGUGGUGGGUAUUGGUUGCCAGUAUCACGAUCAGCGCUUCUGUUACAGUGCAUGCAUUUCAUCUUAAAGAGAUCAAUAAACUUCUG